UUAUGUAUCUGUGCCACGUGCACAAGAUACUAAUUGCAUCGUUGUGUCGUAACGUAAUGACGACAAAUUGCGCGAAACUCUAUUUCUGACGAGUCAUUUAUUUCAUUAGAUCGUUUCGUUGCAUCUUGAAAAAGCUCACGUUGCAAUUAUCACGGAAUCCCGUGUUAAAUCACUGACAACCGAUAACCUAUCGAGUGCAACUGUCAUCACGUACGAGAUAAUGGCACUUGGAAAUCCCCAUGUGCUUUUCUAAAUUUCCUUAUUAUAUUCGAUUAUAUGCUACGUUAUUUAAUAAACGCGAGUCAUGUAUUACGUAGUUUAUUAACGAAGCUUUUUGUUCUGAUAUGGAGAUAUUCAGUGGGCAAAUUGAUUAAAGGUCCAUCAGAGCACCAUGACUACAUCGAAGAUGUGGUAUGCAAGCAAGAAGAUAUCAACGAAAAUGAAAUGAAAUUAUUGCCGCUUGGAGAACAUGGAGGGAAAAUUCUAUUGGUGAAACAGAAAGGAGAAUUGCAUGCAAUCGGUACCAAAUGUACGCAUUACGGAGCUUUGCUACAUACCGGUGCGUUAGGAGAAGGAAGAGUGAGAUGUCCAUGGCACGGUGCAUGCUUCAAUAUUAAAACAGGUGACAUUGAAGAUUAUCCGGGCUUAGAUUCCUUGCCAUGUUACAAGGUUCGCGUAGACGAGGCUGGCCAGGUUCAUGUAAGAGCCAAACGCAAAGAUCUGGAUAUUAACAAACGUGUGAAGGACAUGUCUGCGCGUGAUCCUGAAAAUGUGAAAACGGUUGUAAUAAUUGGCGGAGGACCAGCAGGUGCAACCUGCGCAGAGAGUUUACGACAGGAAGGCUUUACAGGACGUAUCAUUAUGGUGUGCAGGGAGAAUGUUGUACCUUAUGAUCGAAUAAAAGUAUCUAAAAUAUUAGAUUUUGAUGUUCAUAAGGCAGCACUACGACCGCCCUUGUUUUAUGAUGAUCACAAAAUUGAGACAAAACUUGGUGUAGAAGCAAUAGGUUUAGAUACGACACAAAAUAUUGUCAAACUAAGUAAUAAAGAGGACUUGAAGUAUGAUUACUUGUUUACUUGCACAGGCAGCAAACCAAGGAUGCCGAAUGUGCCUGGAAGUAACUUGUCAAGCAUUUUUGUGCUGCGAGAUUAUACUGAUUCGCAAGGUGUAUAUUCACUGCUGUCUCCUGAGAAGCAUGUAGUCGUACUAGGAUUGAGCUUUAUUGGUAUGGAAGCGGCAGCUUAUUGUAUCAAUAAAUGCGCGUCCGUCACAGUAAUAGGACGUGACACUGUACCCCUCAGAGCGAUAUUUGGAGCGGACAUUGGCAACAGAAUUAAAAAGGAACAUGAGGCAAAAGGCGUGAAAUUUAUCUUUCAAAAUAAUAUCAAGCGAUUUAUUUCAAAAGAAGGAGAAGAAAAUGUUUUAGCUAAAAUUGAACUUACGGAUGGUCAGAUUUUAUCAGCUGAUAUAGCCGUCGUUGGAAUAGGAUCUACGUUUUAUACAGAUUGGAUGAAGGAAUCAUCUGUUCAAAUGAGGGACGAUGGCACUAUAGUAGUAAAUAAGCACUUAAGAACGAAUAUAGAAAAUGUGUAUGCUGGAGGUGAUAUAGCUUACGCACCAAUAUAUGGAUCCGAUGAUAUGCUGGCUGCGAUAGGCCAUUAUUCCUUAGCUCAUUAUCAUGGCAAAAUUGCAGCAUUAAACAUAUGCGGUAAAGAAACUCCUUUGAAGACUGUACCAUUCUUCUGGACAAAUUUACUGGGCAAAAAUUACAGAUACGCAGGCCAUGGAAAGCCCACCAGCAUAAAAAUUUAUGGUUCGUUGGAUAAACUGGAAUUUUUUGCUUAUUAUCUCAAGAAUGGCAAGGUAAUAGGAAUAAGCAGUGUUAAUGCUGAUCCUGUCGUAUCAGAUUUUGCAAAUAUGCUUUAUGAAGAAAGAACGUUAACAGAAGAAGAAAUUAAUACGGAUCCAUUCGGUUGGAUGGAAAAUAAACCAAAGGAUGUUUCAAAACGGUUUCAGGACAGCAUUUUAGUAGAAGUGCAGGCUUAAACUUGUUCUGCAUAAAUAUAAUUUAGCGCUUUGGAACAAUAAUGUCACAGUAUUAAUUUUUUAAUUUAUACACUUUCAUAAUGCAAGUUAGAUAAAUUGGUGUAAUAUAUUCUAUAUAUAUUCUAUUUGAAAAAUACUUUGUAAAAUAUACUUUAGAUUGUACUUACUAUAUAAAAUGUUGCAAAGAAAAAAAU